AUGAAGCCAGAGAAUGAAUGCAGCUCAGCUUCAGCUCUUGCUCUGCAUCACGUUGAACGUUGGGAUGAGCCUUGUCCACCCCCUGUAAGGGUCAGUGAUGAUGGGGUCAAGUCCCUGCUGCUGUUGAUAUUGGGGCUCGCCCUGCUGAAGGAGGUGGCAGCUAGGACAAACCCCAAGGCAGUCUCUUGCCCUCCUCUGGAGGAGGAUUUUGUGAGGGUUGACAUUCGCAUCUUUAGUCAAAACAAGGGUAUUUCCAGCUUACAUGACAUCCAUAACCGCUCCAGCUCCCCCUGGGUUUACACCGUCUCCCGGGACCCCAACCGGUUCCCCUCCGAGAUUGCAGAGGCCCAUUGCAGGUACUUGGGCUGCAUCGACGCCCAGGGGAGGGAAGACCAUUCCAGGAACUCCGUGCCCAUCCAGCAGGAGUUCCUGGUCCUCCAGAGGGAGUCCAAGGGCUGUCCUGGCUCCUUCCGGCUGGAGAAGGUGCGGAUGACUGUUGGCUGCACCUGCGUCACCCCCAUGGUUCGCGAAAUAAAUGCCUGA